GAGGGAGAGGAAUUAUAUAUAGAUUAAUGUGAGAGAGAAGCGCGAGGAAUUCCGGCUUCUCAAGGAUCGCUCGACUCGAUGUCAGAGCUGUAUAUUGGUAGCGCCAACCUGUUGCUGUUGAGGCCGCGUAAAGCUGACCUCUUCCUCGUCUCCUUCUACUCCUUCUCGUACUGGUAGAGGAAGAAAGCGAACGGCACAAGCGACGCAUCCUUUCGUCUCAGAGAAACUAGCAAAUUUAUUUCUUUCCGUCUUCGGAUCGACGCUUUGAAGCGACGGAUCCGAGGAAGGAGGAGGAAGAGGAAUUCCGAUGGGCAGUAGCUCGGAAGGAGAGGGGCGAGGGAGGAUGGAGGGGUGGCUGUACCUCUUCCGGUCGAACCGGCUCGGGCUGCAGUACUCGCGCAAGCGCUACUUCGUCCUCGACCAUCGUGACAGCUCUCUCAAUUGCUACCGAGCCGCGCCCACCGCCUCUACGCAGGUUCCUGUAAGAUGUGCACAAAUUGAUUCCUGCAUCCGUGUCAAUGACAAUGGGAGAGAAAAUAUCAAGGGGAAUGUUUUCUUUCUUUUUACCUUGUACAACACUUCCAAUCACAGCAAUCAGCUUAAGUUGGGUGCUAGAAGUUCUGAAGAAGCAGCUAGAUGGAUAAGCUCCUUGAUAGAAGCAACAUUGAAGGUGUGCCCCACAAAAGAAGAUAACACUGUGGCUUGUUCAAAAAGAAGAUGGCCAUCUCUGAGGUUGAGUAGGAGACGAAGUCACAUGCAUUCAUUUGAUAUGAAUGCUAUCUCAUCUACGCAAAUGAAUCAAAUAACAUCUGAUGUUGUAGCACCUUCUUCGUGGACAAUUUUUGGCUGCAAUAAUGGAUUACGGUUAUUUAAAGAGGUGAAGGAUGAUGAUUUUCUUGGAGAGCAUUGGGAUGACCAUCCAGCUAUAAUGGCUAUAGGUGUUGUUGAUGCAACUCCCGAGGCCAUUUUCUGGGCAGUUAUGUCUCUUGGUCCAUCAAGAUCAGAGUGGGACUUCUGUUUUGAUCAUGGCAGUGUAAUAGAGCAUCUUGAUGGGCAUACAGACAUUAUUCACAAGAAAUUGCGUGGUGAUUGGCUACCUUGGGGUAUGAAACCAAGAGAUUUAUUGGCACGACGUUAUUGGAGGAGGGAAGAGGAUGGAACAUAUGUAAUUCUUUACCACUCUGUGUUCCACCGAAAAUGUCGACCUCAGAAAGGAUAUACACGUGCCUGCCUUAAAAGUGGGGGGUACGUGAUAUCUCCUAUAAACCAAGGAAAAGAAUCAGUAGUUAAACACAUGCUUGCUAUUGAUUGGAAAUUUUGGUUGCCUUAUAUAUUCACCUCUUCUGCAAAAAAUAUUACUAUCAGGAUGCUAGAGAGAGUUGCAGCAUUAAGGGAGAUGUUUCAUGCAAAACUGGGAAAAUGCCCAAGCUCUGAUGUCUCAAUGGAAGAACAAAAGAGAGAUAUCAGUUUGUCACUGACUGAAGAUGUAGAAGGGAAUGUGCAAUUGCCAGUUGAGAAUAGAAAGAGUGAAGAACGAACAGAAGGGUCCCAGGAAUCUGAUACAAAACCUGCUAGCAUGAGUGGAUCAUUCCUCGAAUUGAAUGAUGCUGCUGAUGAAUUUUUUGAUUUUCCAGAUGAACCAGAAUAUGAUAAACAAGAGGAUACAUGGCCUUCGGAUUCACAAUUGCAGUCUCAGAACCUUCAGCAGCCUAAGCUGUCAACGGCUGCAGUUCUUAUGAAAAGGUUGCAGGGCCUUGCAGUUCAAAGGAGAGGUUACAUGGACUUGCAAGAUGCUCCAAUAGGAGAUGCAGCAUCAUGUAGUUAUGGGUCCACACUACAAAAGGACUCCAGCUUUUCACUUCCUUGUAGUUGGGCAAGUGCAGAUCCAUCAACAUUCUUGAUUCGUGGUAGAACCUAUUUACAAGACCAUAAAAAGAUUGCUGUCAAUGAUACAUUGAUGAAAAUGGUAGCUGCUGAUUGGCUAAAGUCUGAUAAACGUGAAGACGACCUCGGUGGUCGCCCUGGGAGCAUUGUGCAGAAAUAUGCAGCACAAGGUGGCAGGGAGUUUUUCUUUAUUGUGAACAUACAGGUUCCAGGUUCAACCACAUACAGCCUUGCUUUGUACUAUAUGACACAUAUACCAGUGGAAAGCAUUCCACUGCUGAAGAAAUUUGUCGGGGGAGAUGAUGCUUAUAGGAAUUCAAGGUUUAAGCUAAUCCCACAUAUAACAAAGGGAUCCUGGAUUGUAAAACAAAGUGUGGGUAAGAAAGCAUGUUUGGUAGGCCGUGCACUGGAAAUAAAUUAUUUUCAUGGGACAAACUACUUGGAGCUUGGCAUUGAUAUUGGUUCCUCAACAGUUGCCAGGGGUGUUGUGAGUCUUGUACUGGGUUACCUGAGUAACCUUGUAAUAGAGAUGGCAUUUCUAAUUCAGGGGAAUUCAGAAGAAGAGCUCCCAGAGUUCCUCCUCGGAACUUGCCGUUUGAACCAUCUUGAUGCCUCUAAAGCAAUCUCAAUAAAACCAUGGUAGUCCAAGGUUUAUCUACCUAAUUUGAUUCUUUUCAUGGUAUAAAUCUCAAAUUGGGAUGCAACACAUUCAGGAUAGGAUUCUGAGGAUAGUAGAUGUAAAAAAACUUCAUAAUCUAUUGUCAUUACUCAUCAAUCCAUUUUGUUUGAUGAGCUUCAUAUUGUUUUUGAUGAGUUUCCAAUGUAAAAGCAGCAAGCUAAAAUGGCUGCCAGGGCAUGAAAAAAGAUCAUGUUAUUUAUAACCUUGAUUUGGUUGAAUUCUAUGCCCUGAAGCAAAUGAUCCUCACCAGCUUCGCUGUUGUAAAAUAAUAAUGUUUUUGGCAUAGUCUGCAACACCAAUUCAAGAGAAAAAAAAAAAGUUUAAUUCCU